CUUUAUUCCUCUUCUUUUUUAUGAGAUUGUUUGCAGAAAUUGGAGGGAGGCAAGAUGGGUGCAAGGAGUCGAGGUGCAGUGCCCAUGGCCCAGUCAUCCGAUUUCCUUUCCGGCUAAAACACCAGCCAAACCACUGUGGAUAUCCUGGGUUCGAGAUAUCUUGCUCAGAAGAGAAGCGGACCAUGCUAGAGCUGCCCUAUUCAGUAAAACUCUCGGUGCAGGAAAUAAAUUACACUUCUCAGGAAAUUUGGGUCUCUGGACGGGAUUUUUGCAAAAACUUUAAUUUAUCUGCCUCCCCAUUCCAGUUCAUGAGUACGUACCGACUUGACUACAUCAUCUUCAGUUGUUCAGAGAGCAAAGCAGAUCCAUAUGAUUAUCUUAUGCCCACCCUUUGCGGUUUUCUCCCCAAUAACGUAGUUUACGGUGUGAGUCCCGGGGCUAGUCUCAGUCACUUGGACUUAUCCUCGUGCUCCGUGAUCUACUAUUUUUCAAUCCCAUGUGAAUCUGUCUAUGGGGAAUCUAAUCAAUAUAGUGAAUAUAAUGUUGUCAUGAAUUGGUCAAGACCAGCGUGUGGAGACUGCGAAGCAAAAGGAAAGAGAUGCAGAUCGCAGGAGAGUAAUAUCAAGGAACCUGAAAUCGAAUGUGUGGAUCAACCACCAAAAGAUGUAUCAAAAGAGUGGACGAUUACAGGAGUAAUUCUUGGUUUCUUUCUUCUCUUGCUAGUAGUCAUUAUUUGCUAUAAUGUCUAUACCACUGAUAAAUCAAAAAAAGAGCAUAGCAAAAAGCUUCAAAAGUUUUUGGAAGAUUAUAGAGCUCUCAACCCAUCAAGGUACUCCUAUGCCGAUAUUAAGAAGAUAACAAAUCUGUUCAAGGACAAAUUGGGUGAAGGAGGCUAUGGAACCGUUUAUAAAGGAAAACUUUCAAAUGAAGUUUUUGUUGCAGUAAAAAUCCUUAACGAUUCCAAAGAAAAUGGUGAAGAGUUUAUCAAUGAAGUAAGAACAAUGGGUAGAAUCCAUCACAUUAAUGUGGUUCGCUUAGUUGGAUUUUGUGCUGAUGGUUAUAAACGAGCUUUGAUUUAUGAAUUCUUACCAAAUGAGUCUCUCGAGAAGUUUAUAUAUAAGAACCAAUCACUUGGUUGGCAAAAGCUUCAUGAUAUCACUCUAGGUAUAGCAAAAGGAAUUGAAUAUCUUCACCAAGGUUGUGAUCAACGAAUCCUUCAUUUUGAUAUUAAACCUCAUAAUAUUUUGCUAGAUCAAAAUUUUAACCCCAAAAUCUCUGAUUUUGGUUUAGCAAAAUUAUGUUCUAAGGAACAAAGUGUUGUUUCUCUGACAGCAGCAAGGGGGACCAUGGGCUAUAUUGCACCAGAAGUGUUGUCUAGGAAUUUUGGAAAUGUAUCCUAUAAAUCGGAUGUUUAUAGUUUUGGAAUGUUAUUACUUGAAAUGGUAGGAGGAAGGAAGAAUAGUGAUGCUAUAAUGGAGAACACUAGCCAAAUGUAUUUUCCAGAAUGGCUUUAUAAUCAUUUAGAACAAAAGGGAGAGGUACAUAUCCGAAUCGAGAAAGAGGAAGACACUAAAAUAGCAAAAAGGCUAAGCAUUGUGGGUCUUUGGUGCAUUCAAUGGCACCCAAUAGAUCGCCCUUCCAUGAAAAUUGUGAUAAAAAUGUUGGAAGGAGAAGACAAUAUAACCCCGCCUCCCAAUCCUUUUGCCUCUUCAGGUCCAACUAGAACAAAUGUUAGACGACGAAGAACAUCUCUCCAACAAGAGUUGAUAGUUAUUUCGGAGUUAGAGUAAAAAAAAAAAUUGUCUACUUCCUUUAUUGCUAUUAUUGUAUUUUGGUUGUCGAUCAUGUCAUAAUCAAUAUUUCAUUAAUGUAAACUUUUAUUUACUAUU